CCCAGCUAGACGGGGAGUCUACAGGAUAUGGCGCGCAUGGUUCUCGGCCCUGUACUGAUGGCUACACUGGUGACAGUGACGUCCAGUAAAGAUUGCCUGGAAGGAACUGGCGUCUCGUACCGAGGUUCACUGACUGUCACGUGGUCUGGAGCGAGCUGCCUCUACUGGGAUAGCCCGGAUGUGGAGGAUUGCGGCUUCAGCAGUUCGGCCUUCCCACAGGCGGAUCUGGACAGCAACUACUGCAGGAACCCGGAUGGAGACGUCUUUCCGUGGUGCUUUUACGAAGUCCCUAGCGGCUUUGAUGCGAACUGCACCAACUGGCACUACUGCGACGUGCAACCAUGCGGCGGUACUAUGGAAUAA